AGGAAAAACAAAUUGGAAAUCAAAUUUUCCAGUGUUAAAUAAAUAUUGAAAUAAAAAUCCAUUUUCAAAUACACAACCAAAUAACCACAUUUAUAUAAAAAAAGAGAAAACAUAAUUGCAAAUCAACAAACCCAGGAAGCCAUAGAAAAAUAUCAACAAAAAAAUUCAAGUGUUUUCAAAACAAAGCAACACAUUCAAAUUCUUCUAUCAACAAAAGAAAAAAAACGUAAUUGUCAAAGUGAAAACCAGAAAAGUAACAAAUUCUCAAAUAAACAAAUGAAAAUAAAUCUAAUUUUGCUGUACUACAAUUUCAUCUUUAUAUCAUCUGCAUCUAAAACUGCUAUCCUUCGACUAUCGCCAGCAUCUGACAGCGGCCCAAAGAGAAACUAUCUUUCAGCUGGAGCACUUUAUCCUCUUUACCCGAUUACUAUUAAAAACAACUCAACCUAAAACAAAAAAAUCAACUUCUCCCACACUCUGUGCCAAAGAAAAAAGAGUGGAGAGCGAACGGAAGAGCAAGCGAAAUUCUACGCAAAUAAAACAACAUCAAACCCACUUCUAAUUGGAUUAACUUGCGGAGCAGAACAGGAAAAAAUUUUCGGAAUUCUUUGCUAUAAUCUUCAUUGGAUACUGCUGCUAAUCAAAGCUUAGGAGACCCUUCUAUCACACUCGCGCAACCACCCAUACAUCCAUCCGUACAUCCGCAACCCUCCUCUCAACAACUAUCCAUUAUUUUACGAAGUUAUGAAGUCAUGAGACCGACAUUCGAUCGAAGCCUUUACAUAUUAUUGUUCAUUAUUUUAAUACAAUGUAUUUCCUAUACCCAGCAACAAAAUAUCAAGCCACAGCUUCACCAGCAGCAGCCACAACAACCACACAGACCCACCGUUGCCAAAGAAAUUGGAGAAGCCUCCAAUUCCUUGACAUCGACCUCAGUUCCGGCAGCCACAGCGCGACAAUGGAGCCGAAAACAUGCCACAGUCAACGAAGAUUACAACCACCUGAUGCAGAGCCACCACAACAACAACAACAAACACCGGCCAUUUUUAGACAGCGACGAAGAGGAGCAGCUGCAGGAAGACGAAGACAUCCAGCAUCCCAUCCUAGAUGACAAUAAAUUGCAACAAUUAAAACUCCAUAAAGAUUUCUAUUAUCAGCAGCAGGAAAAACAACAAAAACUAUUGAGAGAGCAAGGACAGCAGCAAAGUGAUAUGGAGGAUGAGGCGGAGGCGGAGGAGGAGGAUGGCGAGGAUGAAGAUGAGCCGGAGGAUGGCGAAACUGAAGAUGAGGAUAACUUCAGUGAGCAUUUUGUAAAUAAUAAAGAAAAAUGUGCCAAAAAUUGUAAACCAAAGCAACAACAACAACAACUACAACAAAAGGAAACUGAAAAUCAUAAACAACAACAACUACAAAAACAGAAACAAAAACAACAACACUCUACCAAUAAUUCUCAAACUAAAGCUAGAACUUCUCUAAAACCAGCUCAUCAUCACCACCAGCGAGGACUUUAUCAGCUGGAUGAUCAAACCGCUGCCACUCACCCCUCCAUCUCCUCCUCCUCCUUCUCUUCUCCCUUGUCUUCAUCUGUUCCCAACAACUCAUUCUAUUCUUCCUCUUCGUCGUCGUCUUCUUCGCCGUCUUUAACCAAAAAGAUUUCCGCUUCUUCCACAGCCUCCUCGGAGGAUCCCAGAAGCCUUCACAAACAACCAUCCCAAUUGCCUUUAAAGAAUGAGCGCAACGUUUAUUCGAAUUCACAAAACAAAAACAAAAACAAACAAACUCCUGCCAAAACAAGCUUAAAAGCUUUAACUAAAACCGAGCACCAAAGAAUCCAUGUGGCCCAUCGGCUGCAACACAAAGAAGUUAAGAAGACACACAAUAGGGAAAGCCAACAUAGAGCGAAUAUGUGGCAACAACAACAACAACAUAGGGAUAGUUAUCAAACGAAAAGCUUUAAAGAUGGCCAAAAUGAGCAGCGAGAGGAGGAGGAGGAGGAGGAAGGUGAAGAAAAAAUCGAAAGAGAAAGAGAAAGCUCCAAACGAACCCGCAGAGAAACCGAAGAAGUUGAGAGCAAACAAAGUGCGGAGGAAGAUCACCAUGAAAGCACUUUGGCCCUGACAGAGGACUAUACCUCCUUCUCCACGACCAGCAUGGAUUUAGAGGCAACCUCCCAGCCUUUUACACCACAAAACUCUCAAAACUCAUAUCUCAACCAAUCUCUGGUGAGUGGUCCCACCUCCUCGCUUUCCAUUGUGGCGCCCACCCAUUCGAUGCUACCCUCAACGGUGGCCAUGAAAAUCAAACGUUCUCACACCAAUGUUCGUGUCCCUGUGGAGGUAUUGAACACUCCCAAGGAGGCCAUGGUCAUAAUCGAUGAAGUGGAGGAAUAUGAGGGUGCUGCCGAACGCCAGCAUGAAUAUGCUCAAAUGGGAGUAAUUGGCGGGCCAGAAGAUUAUCCUCACGACGAGGAGCCAAGAAUUCUGCCGCUGAGACCCAUCUUGCCAAAUCCCUAUGACGCGGAAGAAAUGUCGGUCGUCUAUGCUGAACAGCAUUCGGAAAUACGUCUAAUGUGUGAGGUCGAUUUGGACAUUGCCUCCAGCAUGUGGUAUAAAAAUGGCCAGGUUGUGCAUGCGAUGGACCGCACUACCCGGGUGACAGAUUAUCGUUUCAUUAAGGAGGCAAAUGGUGCCCUAACCAUUACCAAUGUCAUGCUGGAGGAUGAUGGCAAGUGGCAGUGUGAAGCUGAAAAUACCAGACACUAUACGGAGAAUGCCAGACCGGUUAAAUUGGUGGUUUUAGAUCGUCCCAAACCUCCCUAUCUACUGAUCGAUGGUCGCCGGUUGGAUGCGGGUAAUAUUUUUGUUCCGGUCAAAGAAAACUCUGAACUAAAUUUGGCCUGUGUCAGUGAGGGUGGCAAUCCCCGGCCCACUCUAACAUGGGAAGUCCUGCUAAGUCCUGGCGUGGAUCGUCAUGCCCAAAAGGUGUCGGCUGAGGUGCUGGAACUGGAGGAAAUCAAAAAUGAAAAGGACAAAAACACCUACAAAAUCAAUAGCGGGGCCAAGAGUGAGGCACGUCUGCCUGCCGUAUUUCGGGCUCAUCACAAUGCCAGGAUACUCUGUGUCAUGGAACAUCCAACGUUGAAGAUACGACAAAAUGCCUCUCUGCUAUUGGAUGUGCAAUAUACCCCCUCCUUUGCCAUAUCACGCACCCCAGGUUUUGGCUAUCCCCUGCGGGAGGGCAUUGAGGUUUCUCUAAAAUGUGAUGUUGACUCGAAUCCAUCCAGCACACCCAGAUGGCAGAAGGAUGAUGGCGAACCACCGGUCCCUCAAACCGGUGAUGGUUUCUUAAAUUUCACCUCCAUACGACGCGAACACUCCGGCUGGUAUAAAUGUACCUCGCGCCAUCUAAACUAUCAAUAUUCAUCGAUUGGUUACUAUCUAAGCGUGCGAUAUGAUUCUGUGGAUGUCACCUCGGAACCAGACGACCAAGAUAUUUCAGUGGCUGCCGCAUCACACAAUCCCAACAAGGGCCAACUGGAGGUGCAAUUGGGUGGCUCAGUUACCCUGCAGUGUCCACAAGGUUCAUUGGGCUGCUGGUCACACUUGGAUCCAGUGACGGCACGUUUACGAGGUUUAGGUCACGGUCUGUCCUCACCCACUGGGCAAGUUUCGCUCAAAGAUGUUGUCUAUCAGGAUGCCGGCACUUACAAAUGUAUUGGCCAAUCGCCACAGAAUAAAAAGAAAUUGGAAGUCCUACAAACUGUGGGUGUUACAGUGAAAGGACAACCCACCGUUGUGGCCCGCAAUACCACACCCGUUGCAUAUCCUGGCUCCCCGCUGCAUUUAUCCGUUGAAUUUUGUGCCAAUCCCCCGGCCCAUGCGGCCCGAUGGCUGCAUGGUGAUCGGGUCUAUACGCCCGGCAAUCAAUAUGGCAACACUGUGCUGGCCUAUGGUUUCAAGGACCUUCCCACCCCAUUUUGCAAAGAGGCCCGCCUAACCUAUGUCAGCAUGCAUGAACGUGUUCCACGCACCUUCUAUUUCAUUGUCUCCUCUCCCGGUGGUGUGGCAGAGGCAGUGAUAAAAGUCAACUUUACUCUGCGUUAUCGACCCCUGGCCAAUGUCAUUGACGAGGAGGAAGAGCAACUGCGCGAACCCGAGGAAAUACAUUUUCCCGUUUUUGGUACUUCCAAUUGGAUAAGAGCCCAAUAUUGGUGGUGGUAUUUACUUAGCCUACUGUGGCUAAGAUAUUUGGUUUAAAGCAAAA